UUCUUGCUUUAACAGGCGUCAGUAGUGCAUGUUUCUUUUUUACUAGAUGAAAAGUGUUUAUUAAUAUUAUUAAAGUGACAAGUGUUGUGUUUAAAUUUUAAAGUGCUUUUAAUUUGUCAGCAGUUUUUAAGUUUUCAAUUUGUGCUAAUAAGAAAAAAGUCUUAGAAACAUCAGAAUGAGACGAAGAUCACCUAGUUCAUCAUCGAGAGACAGACGAUCGAGAAGAUCACGAAGUGAAGAUCGACGAAGUGACAGAAGAGUCGACGAUGAAAAGGACAAGAGAAGAGAGGCUUGGUUGAUUCAACAAGAACGAGAAAGAGAGCACGAGAUUCGAAAACAGAAGAUGAUUUUCGAUUAUGAAUUAAAAAGAGCAGCUUUAUUAAAUAAAUCGAAUAAUAGUUCCCCUCGUAGUCAAAGUGCAAGCAGAGGCAAUGGUGGAAAUAAAAACAUCACUAAACCUCCUGUCAUGUCCGAAAAGCACGAGACACCAGGAGGAAGUGAACCUUUAUUUCGUGGACCGAGUACAUCGACGAAACCAACAGAAGCCGAAUUACGAACAAUAAAAGUUGAUAUUCAUCGAACUAUACCAGGACCAGUCAACACAAAUACAGAACUUCACCGAGAAAUAGUAAACCCUGAAGAUGUGAUUGUUGCUAGGCGUGAGGACGAGGGAAUUACACCAAUUUUUGAUCGAGUUGAAUUAAGGCCACCUGACAAGCCGAAAUUUCCUGCCGAAAUCGAACGUCGAGAAGUUUCAACCAUCAAUAUUGAAAAAUCAAGAAAAGAAAAUAAUUCGCUGAAACGACGAUCCAGAUCUUUAAAUUCACCAGAGGAGAAUAACAGAAGUACAAGAGAUCUAUCAUUAUCGCGACGUGCCAGAAGAGAACGUUCUGUGCAUAAUCAACGGAGAAGAAGUCAACGACGAAGUAAAUCAAGUGAUAGCAGCGACGAUAAUAGUUAUGAGCGAUACAGAAGAAAUGGAAGGAGUGAAAGAUCAAAUGAUCGUUCUCGUCCAUCGUCAUCUCAUCAUCACGAGAGAUCGAGUUAUUCAUCCCGACGACCAUCAUCGAGAGAGCGAUCUCGUUCAGGAGACAGAAGACGUGAUGAAAUGAGCCGACAGAGACGAAGCGAAAAUGUCAGAGAUUAUCGAGGAAGAUCUCGGGAGAGACGUGAUAAUUAUCGACAAUCUGAAAGAGAAAAUUCGGGACGCAGAGAGAGAGAAAUGAGUUAUCCUCACUAUGUAGAACAUAUACCAGUUCCCAUAUACUACGGGGAUUUCCCAAGACCGAUGAUGAUGGGACCGAUGAUGCCCCCAAUGCGUGGACCACCUCCAGUGAGGAAUCGGCCACCAUUUGGACCGAGGUUCCCGCCGAGAUUUCCACCACGAUUUCCCCCUCGUCCACGUUUCAAUCGUCAUCGAAGAGAAAUGGAAAACUUUGACAGCAGAAGAAACAAAUGGUUGAUUCAACAAGAAAGAGAAAGGGAACAUGAGCGUUUGAAACAACAAAAGAUUUUAGAUUAUGAAUUAAAAAGAGCAGCUUUAUUAAAUAAAACGAAUAAUAUUUUCCCUCGUAGCCAAAGUGCAAGCAAAGACAAUGAUGGAAGUAAAAGCAUCACUAAUCCUCGUGUCAUGUCCGAAAUGUACAAGACAUCACGAGAAAGUAUAUUUCGUGGACCGAGUACAUCGUCGAAACCAACAGAAGCCGAAUUACGACAAAUAAAAGUUGAUAUUCGUCGAAAUAUACCAGGAGCAAUCGCCACAAAUGUAAAACUUCAACGAGAAAUAAUAAACCCCGAAGAUGUGAUAGUAAAAAGACGUGAUGACGAAGGAAUUAGACCAAUAUUUGAUGCAAUUGAAUUAAAAACACCUGAUGACUCAAGAUUUUCCGAUGAAGAAGAAUGUGAAGAAAUUAAAACUAUUAGUUUUAAAAAAUCAGAACGAUAUAGAAGAAAUGGAAGGAGUGAAAGAUCGAAUGAUCGGUCACGUCCAUCAUCAUCACAUCAUCAUGAUAGAUCGAAUUAUUCACCCCGACGACGAUCAUCGAGAGAACGAUCUGGUUCAGGAGACAGGAGACGUGGUGAAUUGAGCCGAUCAAGGCGAAGAGAACGUUCUGUACAUAAUCAACGGAGGAGAAGUCAACGACGAAGUAAAUCAAGUGAUAGAAGAAAUGGAAGAAGUGAAAGAUCAAAUGAUCGGUCUCGUCCAUCAUCAUCACGUCAUCACGAUAGAUCGAGUUAUUCACCUCUACGAGCAUCAUCGAGAAAAAGAUCUGGUUCAAGAGACAGGGGACGUGAUGAAUUAAGCCGAUCGAGGAGAGAUGAUCGAGGAAGAUCUCGGGAGAGACGUGAUAAUUAUCGACAAUCUGAAAGAGAAAAUUCGGAACGCAAAUCGAGAGAAAUGACAACAGAUUCUCACAUAGAAGACAUAACAGUUCCUGUCUACUACGGGGAUUUCCCAAGACCGAUGAUGAUGGGACCGAUGAUGCCCCCAAUGCGUGGACCACCUCCAGUGAGGAAUCGGCCACCAUUUGGACCGAGGUUCGCGCCGAGAUUUCCACCACGAUUUCCCCCUCGUCCACGUUUCAAUCGUCAGUUUUAAAUGGUCACCGACAUUAAUUUCUUGAACCUCGAAAGUAAUUGCAAAGUGAGAACAUUUUUUAUUUGGUCACAUUUAUUUUGGCACGCAGAAAUUGCCGAAUCGAGUAAAUGAUACACGAGGACGAUCAUUAAGGAUAUUCAAAGGUGCCCAUCGAGAUUCUACAAAAGCAUCCAUGAAGAUCUUAAUAAUAAUUGAAAUCGAAGACCAACUGGGAAAUUUAAGUCGAGAAUUGAGACCUUUAUUAGAAAAUUUUUUUAUACACAUAAUGGUAAAAUUAUAUUUACACAUAAUGUAAAAUUUUUAGAUUUUCUAAAUUUUUAAUAUUUACUUUAAUU